UUCAACUAAGAAAUCUUCGGCUUUUCGAACAACGACGAUGAAAAUGCUGUGGAGUUUCGGAAUUAUACUUAGUUUCGUAGCAUUUCAUGUUGAUGCUAGAGUUGAAUUCAUGUCUACGUCUGCAGAUUUAGGAUGUAAUUCAUGUUUGGAAUUUGCGAGAAAUGCCGAGAAAGAAUUUAACAGUAUGAAGUUAUUUGAGGAAGUCGUCGCGCUAUCGAAACAAGUCUGUCAAGCUCUUCCGAAUGAUUUAGAAAUCAAGUGUUUGAAAAAAUCGAGAGAUUAUGUUCAGUAUGCUAAGGUACUAUUUCAAGAAUUCUUUCAUGAAAAAAGUUUAUGCAAUAAUACGAGAUUAUGCGACGAUGAAAAAGGUGGUGACGAUGAGGAAGCAAACAUGAAAAGUUGUUCCAAGUGUAAAAAAUAUGCCAGAAAAGUAAUUUCAGAGAUACAAAAUCCAAGAACAAAGACUAAAGCUACUAAUGCUAUGCUUAAUUUUUGCGAAGAAAGAGGGGAGGACCGCGAGAAAUGCGAUGAAUAUGUAUACCAAUACGGAGCUGCAGUACUUGACAAAUUGGAGAAAGCUAAAGCGAAAAACUUAUGUAAUGCAUUGGAAUUCUGCGACAAUGAAGAGGAAGGUGAUUCCAUGCUAAUGGAAAUUAAUAUGUGAUACUAUCAGAGUUGUUUUAUGAGUAAUAUUGAUUGUUAUGGAUAUAUGCAUUAAUUCAAGUUACUUGUAAUAAAGAGAUUAACAAUAAUAAGUAUGAAAAAAUUUAUGUAUUGCAUUGCA